AUUGUUCGACUGUGCGCGGCCGGGCGCUGUCUUACUCGGCUCUGGCGGUGUCAGUUUGUCUGGCUUCCUCUCAGCCCCUCACUCCCGGCGGCUGACGGCGGCGGCUGCGGCGGGCGGGGCCUGGCGUUUCGAGGCCGAGCGGCGCCGGGGUGAGGGGCGCGGAGGAGGAGGAGGAGGAGGAGGAGGAGGAGGAGCAGUAGCCGGAGGAGGAGCCGUGUGCCCUGGCACCGAGCGGCCGUGGCGAUGGCGUACGCCUAUCUCUUCAAGUACAUCAUCAUUGGCGACACAGGUGUUGGUAAAUCAUGCUUACUGCUACAAUUUACAGACAAGAGGUUUCAGCCAGUGCAUGACCUUACUAUUGGUGUAGAGUUUGGUGCUCGAAUGAUAACUAUUGAUGGAAAACAAAUAAAACUUCAGAUAUGGGAUACGGCAGGGCAAGAAUCCUUUCGUUCCAUCACAAGGUCAUAUUACAGAGGUGCAGCAGGAGCUUUACUAGUGUAUGAUAUUACAAGGAGAGAUACAUUCAACCACUUGACAACCUGGUUAGAAGAUGCCCGCCAGCAUUCCAAUUCCAACAUGGUCAUUAUGCUUAUUGGAAAUAAAAGUGAUUUAGAAUCUAGAAGAGAAGUAAAAAAAGAAGAAGGUGAAGCUUUUGCACGAGAACAUGGACUUAUCUUCAUGGAAACUUCUGCUAAGACAGCUUCCAAUGUAGAAGAGGCAUUUAUUAAUACAGCAAAAGAAAUUUAUGAAAAAAUCCAAGAAGGAGUCUUUGACAUUAAUAAUGAGGCAAAUGGCAUUAAAAUUGGCCCUCAGCAUGCUGCUACUAACGCCACACAUGCAGGCAGCCAGGGAGGGCAGCAGGCGGGGGGAGGCUGCUGUUGAGUCCGGUCUUCCUGUCUCACCGCCCAAGUGGGGCCUGCCCACUGUCUCCGUCCGUCCUGCUCAGCUGAGACAUGAAACUAUUCCAGAUGGCUUUAUGUCACAGAAGACUUUACUCUUUCAAAUUCUUGUAUAACUUUGAAUAAAUGGUUAAUGUUCACUUAAAAA